AUGCCCACCCCCAGCUGCCCAAAACCCCCCGAGAACGAGCCGAUCGCCAUCGUCGGCUCGGGGUGCCGCUUCCCGGGGGACGCCACGACGCCGGCCAAGCUCUGGGCGCUCCUGUCGGAGCCCCGCGACGUGCUGGCGGCCAUCCCGCCGGGGCGCUUCUCCUCCGAUGGCUUCUACCACGAGGACGGCGAGCACGGGGGCCACAGCAACGUGCGGGACUCAUACCUGCUGUCGGCGGACCACACGGCCUGGGACGCGGGCUUCUUCAACGUCGCGGCGGGGGAGGCCGCCGCCAUAGACCCCCAGCAGCGCCUGCUGAUGGAGUGUGUGUACGAGGCGCUCGAGGCGGGGGGCCACGGCAUCCAGCGGCUUCGGGGGUCUGAUACUGCUGUUUACGUGGGGCUGGUGUGCGAGGAGUAUAGUGACAUUCACUACCGGGAGCUGAACACCAUACCAAGGGUACGUAGAGUUCUUGUCCUACUCCUACUGCCUGUCUUUGUGUGA